UGUCUUCAAGGGAGAUAUUUCUUUUUGGGUCUUUUAUGACGACGCGCAGGGGAAAAAAUAGAUCAGGAGAGGGUAACCGAGACGCUGAUGCGCACACUGGGACCAGUCGAAAAUGUGUCAGUUUUCCGUCGGAUCAGCGCUGUGUUGAACGUGCACGGAAAGAUUUUCUGAAAGAUUCGUUCUGUUUAUGAAAAAAGGUUACUUUUUACAAAAAACUUUUUUUCAUAAAUAAAGUACUCUUUGUGUUCUUAGUGAAAUUAAAUUCUUCGCAACUUUCACUGAUAUUGUUUAUAAAAACAAAAGAUCGGUUGUGUUGUGCGGGAAAUAUAUUUCUUGUUUUUAUGCGCUUUUGUGACUAAAAUGAGUUUUAAUCAAACUGAAGAAAUGGACAACGGAUUAAAAUUACAUCAGGACAGAUCUAAAAAACGUCAUACAGGUGUUUACCAAACGUCAGGACUCAGACUGUCUAAAAAAAAAGGACCAAAAGCUAGGCGCUUACUGAAACUACUAAAGGAGCAUGAACGUGAUAUGAAGAAAGAAGAUGGAAUUAUUCCUAAUUUACAAAAGGAAGAAGCAGGAAAUAUAUAUCAAAAUGCUGCAGACGAAAGCAAUGGAAGUUAAGGACUAUACCGAUUAUUUUACAGAAGAGGGACAUAAUUAUUAAGACGAAAAACAAAAUUGUAUCAUCGUUUAACAAUCAUAACACAAGAUAAUGAACUGAUUUUACAACUCUAUAUGUAAUUCUUUUUACUUGAAAGUAAGUAUAAAAUAUUUUUUCUUGCAGAAUGAUUGUCUUACCUACAGUUUACGUGGCAGACAGAGUAUGCGAUGUGGUGGCAAUUAGAUGUCGAUUAUGUAAUUUGAUUUUACUUCAAAAUCAAAUUUAUUUUUACAAUUCCAUUUUUUUAUUGUAAUUUGAUCUCAAAUUGCAAUAAAAAGUUAAUUUAAAUUUGAUUUUUAAAUUACAAUUAAAAAUAAAUUUAAAUUUGACAUCAAAUUAUGAUAAAAAAAAUUUAAUUCGUAAAAAUGAAUCCGAUUUUAUUAAAACUAUAUA